AUGGAUGAAGAAGAUCUCAGAGACUACCUCCCGACUUCGUUCGGAGCCACGGGAGGCGACUUCGAUGUCGAUGCUCAAAUUGAAACUGCCCGGCGGAAAUUACCUGGUCUACCAGGACGCAAACCCGAUUCACCGGCAAGUUCAAAGGGAGACGCAGAUUCCGACAACGACGAGGACGACGACUCAGGUGAUGACUCUGACGACGAGGAUGAAUAUCCCGUAUCGCACGAGAUUGUCUUCAAGACUCACAAUCGCCCGGUCACGACAAUCACUCUGGACGUGUCGGGAUCGAGGAUGAUCACCGGUUCGAUGGACUGCACCAUCAAGUUACACGACUUCGCAUCGAUGGCGCCAAACACACUACGAGCCUUCAAAUCCGUCGACCCUACCUUCGUCAAGGGCUCUGCCAAUUCCGAGACUCAUCCCGUGCACGUCGCCAAGUUCAACCCCAACUCACCCAGUCAAGUUCUUGUCAUCUCAGCCACUCCUCAGGCAAGAAUCUUGUCUCGAGAUGGCGAAACGACGACCGAGUUUGUCAAGGGCGACAUGUACCUGCGCGACAUGAACAUGACGAAAGGCCAUAUCAGUGAGAUCACCAGCGGCACGUGGCAUCCCCACAACUAUGACCUCUGUGUGACCGCGGGGACGGACAGCACACUCAGGAUAUGGGACGUCAAUGUGCGCAACAGGCAGAAGAACGUGAUCGUGCACAAAUCGAAACUGGCGGGCUCGGCAGGUCGCAGUCGCAUGACUGCCGUGGCAUGGGGUAGUCAAGUCGAGGGUGGAAACAGUCUUCUCGUCGCGGCCGCUCUCGACGGCUCUUUGCUCAUGUGGGGAGGCGACGGGCCUUACUCCAGGCCGAGUGGUGAAAUCAACCAGGCUCACACCAGCAACACCUGGACGAGUGGCGUCGACAUUAGCGCCGAUGGCCGCCUGGUCGUGACACGAGGCGGCGACGACACGAUCAAGCUGUGGGAUACGCGCAAGUUCAAACAGCCCGUCAACACGACCUCGCACAUUUCGACGUCGAGUCAAUACCCGACCUCGAACGUCCUUUUCGCUCCAAACUCGUCGUCCAUCAUCACCGGCUCCGAGACGGGCGAUCUGUACAUUCUCAACCCGGCCACUUUGAAACCCGAGCUCGUCACGCCAAUCACGCCAGGAUCGGCGCUGAUCAGCGUGCUUUGGCACGACAAACUCAACCAGAUCAUCACAGGAAGCGCCAACGCCGAAACACAUGUGCUCUUCAACCCUAAGAUCUCGGCAAAGGGGGCCGUGAUGGUCAUGUCCAAGCCACCGAAGCGGCGACACAUCGACGACGAUCCGAGUCUCACCACGGACAUGUCGCAAGGUCUAUCCGGCGACGCGAUCGUCAACCCCGGAACCGCGAGCGAGGCCAUCAAGGGCAGUACAUACGCGUCUCGACACCCGACCAUCGGUCUCACGGCGUCGGGCAAAUCGCGUGACCCGCGAAGGCCUCACAUUCCCGCGUCGACGCCGUUUGCCAAGAGCCAACCGGACGAGAAGCACAUCAAGGAACGCAUCCCGCUCAGCUCGAUGAGGGAAGAAGACCCGCGCGAAGCCCUGCUCAAGUAUGCGGACAAGGCGCAGAAUGAUCCCAUCUUCACGAAUGCUUGGAAAAAGACCCAGCCCAAGACCAUCUACGCCGAUCUCAGUGAUGAGGACGAACCGCAGAAGAAGAAGCAGAAAACGUAG